AUGGACUGGAUGAAUUAUUUCGAUGUUAUUAUUAGACCACGACAUAGACAAAUACAUGUUCAUUCGCGCCGUCAACAAACUCUGAUCCCAUUUGAUGACGAUUUACCUAUUGAUGUUAAAUUAGUUCAGCAAUAUACAAUUUUACCCCGUGAAGAAGCUAUUGUUGAAAUCAAAACACCCAUCAUAGCAGCCAAACAUUUGUAUCAUGAGGCAAUAAAUAAACAGAUGCAAGAACAAAAACGCAUAUCCGUGAGUGACGGCUUAAUUGUAGUAAAUGAGUAUAAAUUUAAAGUUAAAGUAUACAGUUUAUCAACAUCCCCAGUAACUUUACAACACAAUAUGCACUUUGGAACAAUAUCCCGUUUAUCGGUCAACACAUAUUUUUCGACUAUGAUGGAACAAGGAAAAAUACCAGCGAACGACUUAACUGGACAAGAAAAUCAAAACAUAUUUUGUAAAACAACAUCAAUCAGUACCAUUAUUGAUUCAUUAGUCAACCAUUUGGGUCAGUCUAAUCAACAACAGCAAAUCAAAUCAAUUUUAGAAGAUUAUAGUUCUUUAUUUGAUACAACAACCCCAAGAAAAGUAAUCACACUGAUUCACCAUGUCGUUGAUACUGGAGAUCAUUCCCCAGUGACUGACAAAAAAUGUUUAAUUGCUGUUCAACAGCUAGAAUUUCUUAGUCAUGUCAUUACAUCCGACACAAUUGAACCAUCUAAGGAACGAAUCCCAGCAAUUUUGGACAUUCCCGAACCCAAAACCUUAGCACAAGCAAACCGAUUUAUCGGUAAAAUUGGAUGGUAUAGAAAAUUUAUCAAAAAUGAAUUAUCAAAUUAUUUAAUUUAA